AUAAGGAAUAGAGUGCCAUUUGGGACAUAAUUUUUCCUCAAUUGAGUGAUUGUGUAAUCUGCUAUGUUAAACUGCCUUCUGUCUGUUUCCAUAUGUCUUUGUAAAGAUGGAGUAAACGUGUAUGUAUCAUGUUGCCAGGUAGAGAUGUCUUAUAAAAUGACCCAACCAAAAUUACAGCAGGAGUAGCCGCCAGGCUACCCGAGCUGACAAGGUACAAAUCUGUUGUUCUGCCCCUGAACUGACAGUUAACCCACUGUUCCUAGGCCGUCAUUGAAAAUAAGAAUUUGUUCUGAACUGACUUGCCUAGUUAAAUAAAGGUAAAAUAAAUUCAACAUUUAAAGUCUCAUAGACUGGGGAGAGUUUAGCCAGGUACAACGUUAUGGAACGCUGCGGAUGGCAUGAAUAGAGUGGACAUGAUUCCUUAUUCUACAUGUCAGAGGCAUGGUUGUUUUAUUUUUCUCUCUGCGUGUUCUCUAACGUUGUGUACUGCUAAAUGUGCCCCAGUCUCUGUUGAGCAAAGUGAGAGCGCUGGUUUCAUCAGCAGAAAACCACGAGUCACAAGGUUUCCCAGUGACUGAAAGGGAGGGACGGGAUGCCCAUUGAAUGAAUCCCACGCUGGACAGGAUUUGAGAUCAUAUUUUGCAUGACUAAGCCUACUUUGAGUUUGUUUAGUUUCUGAAUACCAUUUUGUAGGUAAUCGUCUUCUGCCCCCGAUUGAAAGUUGUAAAACGCGUCAACAUUUUUUUUUUUUUUUACAAUAUGUACGUUAAUGUUUGUAUUUUUAUUUUAAUUACUCAUAUUUAUUUAUUACUGUUGGCGCCACCCAAAGGUUGUUUUGUGCGCGAUGACGUCAUUUGACAGUUUUGGGAGGCUAGCUUCUUGACGGAGGAACAAAGUGAAAGCACAGCGGAUGUUUUAUGUGCAACAGCCUACUAAACAAAGUUUUCCCAAUACACCUGCCACGCAACCAUCCAACAGUCUUCACCGUGAGACCUAAGAGCACGCCACACUGGCAGCAAUGUCUUAUAGUAAAGCAGACAGCUAUCGCACCCAGCCACGGGACUCCAAUACCCUCAUCCAGACAUGCAGCUCAAACAUCCAGAAGAUCACACAGAACACUGCUCAGAUAAAGAGCAUGGUGAAUCAGCUGGGGACGAGACAAGACACAAGCGAACUGCAGGACCGUCUGCAGCACAUACAGCACUUCACAAACCAGCUGGCCAAGGAGACCAACAAGCACCUGAAAGACCUGGGCUCCGUCUCACUAUCUUCAGCACCUUCAGAGCAGAGGCAACAGAAGAUCCAGAAGGACCGGCUGAUGAAUGAAUUCUCCGCUGCCCUCAACAACUUCCAGGCCGUACAGCGCCAGGCAGCACAGAAGGAGAAGGAGUCUGUGGCCAGAGCCAGAGCUGGUUCCCGUCUCUCUGCUGAAGAUGGUGCCUCUGAGGAACAGCUCGUGUCUUUUGAUAACCAAGAAGAUUGGGGUCAGACAACCACACAGACGACAGAGGAGGCCAUAACAGAAGAGGACUUGGAGCUUAUCAAGGAGAGAGAGACCAACAUCAGACAGCUGGAGUCGGACAUCUUGGAUGUGAACCAGAUCUUCAAGGAUCUAGCAGUGAUGAUCCAUGAUCAGGGAGAGAUGAUUGACAGCAUAGAGGCCAAUGUGGAGAGUGCUGAGGUCCACGUAGACCGAGGGACAGAACAGCUCCAGAGAGCCUCCUACUACCAGCAAAAGUCCCGUAAGAAGAUGUGCAUUCUGGCUAUGGUCAUGUCCAUAGUACUGACCAUACUAGGCAUCAUCAUCUGGCAAGCCACCAAAUGAGAAGAGAGACAGACAACCCUCCUCUCUUUCACAUCUUUAUUUAUUUCAUUCCCCCACCCAACCUGAAACAUCAGCCCGGGAUAGAUCCCCUCCAACCUGAAACACCAGCCCGGGAUAGAUCCCCUCCAACCUGAAACACCAGCCCGGGAUAGAUCCCCUCCAACCUGAAACACCAGCCCGGGAUAGAUCCUCCAACCUGAAACACCAGCCCGGGAUAGAUCCCCUCCAACCUGAAACACUAGCCCGGGAUAGAUCCCCUCCAACCUGAAACACUAGCCCGGGAUAGAUCCCCUCCAACCUGAAACACUAGCCCGGGAUGGAUGCCCGGAGCGAUGCCCAGCUAGCUCACUGUUGCCAGGGUCAGGGGAGUGGCAUCAGGGCAAAGGGAUGGGUCUGGGAUAUGUAACCUGACACUCCCUACCUGAGCUCAAGGCCUCCAGCUAACCUCCUGUCUCAUUUACCCUGAGACAAGGCAGUAGUAUUUCGAUUCAAAUGAAGGAGAGUAUUGGAGUAAAAUGGGGCGGGAGAGUGUGGAUUAAUAUAAAGAUAUUCUGUUUAAUUCUACUUGUGAUAUUUACUACACUAACAUUCAUUGUAUUUCCAAACACACAAUACAUAAUUGUUGUUAUAUCAUUGUUGAUUAACUAUUAUAUAUCAAAUGGGGACGGACACCGAUAAAAAAAAAAAAAAAAAAAAACUGUUGUUUUUGUAAAUUCAUCUCUGGGUUUUGUAGGGAGAUAAAUGAUUUUGGUAACCUGUACAUUUCCUGCACCUUUCUGGUAUGUAAAACAGUUUAGAGUGCCACACUCCAUUCAAGUUAUAGGAGAGGUUUCCUGAACACAGAUUGAGCCUCGAUGGCGAUUCUGCAUUGAUCUUGCAUUUUCGUCCAGGACUAGUCUUAAUCUGUGUCCGGGAAAACCACCCCAUAGUCCUUAUAUUGCUCAGGUGAGAUCAGGUUCUGAUAGUGAACCUUUUUUUAAAAACUUUUUUUUAAAUCCAACUGUCUACAUGAUAAUAACAAACUCUGGUCGUAAUAAGCCCAUUUAUUAACAUUGUUGAAGAGCAAACCUCUUAGCAGUUUCCAAAACACAGAUUAAGUUUCAAAUUAUUUGUAAUUACGUUUCCGGCACCUUAACCAUCCAUCUUUUUUUUAAAUCAUCCCGCGGUUCAAAUCUAGUUUAUAAUCCCUGUCGUAGAUGGUGUUGACUGGAUAUGAUGACCAUAGUUGUUUGAUGUGCUGUAAAACUUCAUUUAUGACUGAUGUUCUCGUUAUGAUACAAUUUUUUUGUAAUAUAUUACAAUCUUGGACUACAAACCAUUAUAAUGACAAUAUUAUAUCUGUUAAUUGCAACCAUAGUUUUAAAAACAAAACAAAAGUAAUUGUCAACCUGUUUUAUUGAUAUCUAUGGCUUCUAUCAAUAUGCUUAAAUAAAUACUCUUAAAUACAA